CUAACGUUUGGUAACUCACCAAACUAUUGUCACUGCCAGCUUCAACACCACUGCUGCUGAGUUAUAAUCUGACAAAGUGCAGGGUUUUGAAGUAAUUUACAAGAAAAGAAUAAAGAAAACUUCAACUCCACCAUGGAUCCUUGUCCAAGGGGACUGAACGCCUCAGAGGAUGUGUUUCUAAUGAUUCGACGUCACAAGACGACCAUCUUCACUGAUGCCAAAGAGUCUACCACAGUCUAUGAACUGAAACGUAUUGUUGAAGGCAUUUUAAAGAGGCCUCCUGAAGAUCAGAGACUUUAUAAGGAUGACGUGUUGCUCAACGACAGUCAAACUCUUGGAAACUGUGGCUUCACAAAUCAAACAGCCCGACCUCAGGCUCCAGCCACAGUGGGAUUAGCUUUCCGUCUGAGUGAUGAUUCAUUUGAGCAGCUGAGGAUUGAGCCUUUCUCCACUCCCCCAGAGCUCCCUGAUGUCAUGAAGCCCCAGGACUCGGGCAGCACAGCCAACGAGCAGGCAGUACAGUGAGGGAGGGGGCGGGGAAACGGGACAAGCAGGGGGCCAGAGGGAGGAAGCACGGGGGAGGGAUGGGUUGCAUUUUGGGAAAGUGAUGCCUCAGCGGGUGAGUUUUAUCUUGCCAACAACAGAUCUUCAGCUGGGCGUAAACAAUCACUAACACGGAUUCUCCUAGCUGUAAAUUUGAAGUCGGGUGCUUCAAAUGGAUCAUUUGUCCUGAAAUUGGUGAACGCAUGCUAGAUAAAUUGAUAAUUUCACACAAGACUCUUCAGAAAUACCUGACAGACUUGACACAACGUCAGUCAUACAUGGAAUUGGUAACAGCUGAACAUAAAGAAUUGUACCUCGUGUAUUUAAUUAAUUCUAGUAUUUUUUGGGGGUAAGGUUAUCGCUGCCUUCCUUGUGUUUUUUAUUUUGCUGGCUUAAAUGUGGGAGUUGAUAAAGUGUGACAUUUUUAGGCUCUUUAUGUUUGUGUGUUUCUUUAUUAAACUAUUGCUAGGAUUUAACAUGUUUUUGGUCUUUGGCCUGGAUAUGUGUUUUGACAAUAGCUAGCGGUUUGUGAAUUUAUAAGUUACUAUCUGUAUUUCAAAAACUUUUGAACAAUAUGAAUCUGAAAUAAACUAGAUUCACUUGUUGGCAGAAGAUCCGGCAUUAAGAUGAACAUUUGUUAGUGCUUAUCAGUAGUUGUAGUUUUCGUAUGUCACUGAGACCGAAUGCACUCAGUCCUGGUUAUCUACAACACAUGUGACGCUGUUGUGGACCUUGAGCUGAAAAUCAGAUGACCGACAGACAGAGCAGCUGUCGAAAUAGAAAUAACAUUGAUUAUUGAUUUUUUUUUUUUUUUUUUUUUUUUUUUUUCCCCCAACCUUAUUAACAAAGGUGAGGACUAACCAGCUUUCCUCUCUGAUGUUUGACUGCAGCUCAUCACAUCUGGGAGAUGAUGCCUAUGAGUUGUGAGCUGCAUGUUGAUUCACUCCUUUAGGUUCAGUCAGUGCUGCAGAUUGUGUUGUAUCACCAUACACCACUCAUACCUUAAUACACUUUCUUCUCCUGAAGUCCUGCAAGUCGAAUUAGAAAACAUAUCUGGUCCUCAUCACAAUGUGAAAUUUAAGUCUAAUGCUGGGUCUGUUGAUCUGGUAAAUUACAAUUUAAAAAAAAAAAAUCCUGCAUUAGCUACAACAGGAAGCUAUCUUCUGGCCAGGGGGAGUGGAAUGAAAAUGUUGACCUUUACCAUAUUUGCAGUUUGAGGCUGUUAAACAGUGGGACAUGAUCAGAGUUGCACUUGUAACUGACUUAACAUUAAAACAACUGUUUUUCA